GCACAGGCUCUGCUGGCAGACAGCUUUGGUGAGCAGGCACAAGGGCCGGAGGCCUGAGAUUAGAGUGUCCCGGGGAGAUGCGAGCCCGGCAGGCCGCCCGCUGGCCUGUCGCUUAAGUCGCGGAGUCGGGUCCCCAGGCCGGGUCUGCCCCACCCGCGGCUAGGCAUGCGGCUUUCUAUGCGCAGGGCGCUGCUGGCCGCCGGCUGUGCCUUGGCCCUGCUGCUGGCGGUGCAGCUGGGGCACCAGGUGCUGGAGUGCCGGGCGGUGCUGGCGGGCCUGCGCAGCCCCCGGCGGGUUGUGCGGCCGGAGCAGGAGGAGCUGGUGAUGGUGGGGGCGGACCACGCGGAGUACCGCUAUGGCAAGGCCAUGCCGCUCAUCUUUGUGGGCGGCGUGCCCCGCAGUGGCACCACGCUGAUGCGCGCCAUGCUGGACGCCCACCCUGAGGUGCGCUGCGGCGAGGAGACGCGCAUCAUCCCGCGCGUACUGGCCAUACGCCAGGCCUGGUCCAAGUCUGGAGACGAGAAGCUGCGGCUGGAUGAGGUGGGCGUGACGGAGGAGGUGCUGGAUGCAGCCAUGCAGGCCUUCAUCCUGGAGGUAAUCGCCAAGCACGGCGAGCCAGCGCGCGUGCUCUGCAACAAGGACCCCUUUAUGCUCAAGUCCUCGGUCUACCUGUCGCGCCUGUUCCCCAACUCCAAGUUCCUGCUGAUGGUGCGGGACGGCCGGGCCUCAGUGCACUCCAUGAUCACGCGCAAGGUCACCAUCGCUGGCUUUGACCUCAGUAGCUACCGCGACUGCCUCAUCAAGUGGAAUAAGGCAAUCGAGGUGAUGUACGCCCAGUGCAUGGAGGUGGGCAAGGACAAGUGCCUGCCUGUGUACUACGAACAGCUGGUGCUGCACCCCCACCGCUCCCUCAAGCUCAUUCUCGACUUCCUUGGCAUCGCCUGGAGUGACGCCGUUCUGCACCACGAGGACCUCAUUGGCAAGCCAGGUGGCGUCUCCCUAUCCAAGAUUGAGCGGUCCACAGACCAGGUCAUCAAGCCUGUGAACCUGGAAGCUCUCUCCAAGUGGACUGGUCACAUCCCUGGGGACGUAGUGCGGGACAUGGCCCAGAUCGCCCCCAUGCUGGCUCGGCUCGGCUAUGACCCCUAUGCAAACCCACCCAACUAUGGUAACCCGGACCCCAUCGUCAUCAACAACACACACCGAGUCUUGAAUGGGGACUAUAAAACACCUGCCAAUCUGAAAGGAUAUUUUCAGGUGAACCGGAAUAGCACCUCCUCCCCCUUAGGAAGCUCGUGAUUUCCAGAUCUCUGUAAAUGGCUUUGUUGCCAGGAAGAGAAGAAACCGCAUUCGAAUGGAAAUUGGACCUCUAAUCCAAGCAUAUUGCUUGCAAUUAAUUGCCAAAAGAGGACUGCUAAUGAAGAACGUAUUUGCAUAUGUUUGCACAAGUUGAAUCAUUGAAAACAUACCUUGAAACUAUCUGUGGACACUCUAGGGUAGAGAGAUCAAAGAGUAUGGUAGUAGUGUAGCUUUUGAAAUUUAGGUGUUUUAUAUUUUUCCCCUCAAGAAUUUUUUUUAAGAAAUGGGAUCUGCCAUCCUCCUUAAUUUGCAGGACUGCUUGGGUGGCUUUGUUUGCUGGGACAAGGCCCAUAACCUGUGCCUCUCCUAUUGACCCUUACAUUGAAUUCAAAAUAUCUAUUUAAGAAUUUAAUAUAUGAGGCUUUCUUUGAUUCCUCCUCAGUUCUACUCAGUUUCACAGAGAAAAGAAAUAUAUGAAUUUGAAUAAAGUGAACCAAAAAAAAAAAAAAAAAGAAAGCAGACUUUGGAGUCAGACUUUUUGGGUUUAAAUGUUGGCUCUACUAGCUGUGACCUUAGGGAAUUUAUUAAACUUCUAAAAGCCUCAAUUUUCCCACCUAUAAAAUGGGAAUAGUGCUCAUAUAGGAUUGUUAUCAUGAUUGAAAAAGAUAAUCCCUAAAAAGGUCUUGAGGAGUGUCUGGCCUAUUGUAAAUAUUCAUUAAAUGUUAGCUAUAAUCAUUCUAAUAACCUUAUACUUCUAGACUAGUGCUGUCCAGUAGAACUUCUGUGAUGAUGGGACUGUUCUAUAUCUAUGGUGUCCAAUAUAUUAAUAGUAGCCACUAGCCACUGGGCUUCUGCACCUGUGUUGGAGAGUAGCGCUGAUCAUGAAAGGUCUUGACAGUGAGGAAGGCAGAGCAUGAGUUAAAGUGUUUUAAAGGUAAUUUGGCUUCAAAGUGUAAACAUAGAGUUACCAUAGGACCUAGCUAUUUUACUUCUAGCUAUAUACCUAUGAGGGUUAAAAACAUGUUCACAACAAAAACUUGUAGAUGAAUGUUUGUAAUAGCAUUGUUCAUAAUAUCCAAGAAGUGGAAACAACCCAAAUGUCCAUCAACUGAUAAAUAAAAAAUGUGAUAUAUUCAUAUAGUGG